GAGCGCCGGGAGGCCGGAUCUGUAUAAAAGUCACAUUGACUCACUUUAAACCGGCGUGCAUCCUUUCCUGUGUCACUUUUCACCCCACUGCUGGAUCUAUGUCACUUUUUUGGCGUAGUAUCCACUUUUGUCUACUUUACGCGAACUUCUUCUGCAGCCCUUUUCCUGUUGUGACCAUGCUGCAAAAAAGCGGCCACAACUAAAGGGCUGCUUUUGUGUUGUUUCGUCCAGCCACAAUGACGGAGGAGAGCAGGAGUGAGCACAGGGCUGAAAGCGGGAAGGAUUUGGAGAAGCAGCUCCGGUUACGAGUGUGCGUCCUGAACGAGCUUUUAAAGACUGAACGGGACUAUGUUGGCACGCUGGAGUUUCUCUCGGUGUUCCUGCAGCGUCUCAACCAAUACGCCGCCACCAAGAUGGACAAGAACAUCACAGAGGAAACGGUGAAGGUGUUGUUCUCCAACAUUGAGGACAUCCUGGCGGUGCACAGAGACUUCCUGUCCAUGGUGGAGGAGCGUCUCCAGCCCGACCCGCACGCUCACCACGAGAUCGGACGCUGCUUUUUGCACUUUAGGAGUCGUUUCCAGAUUUACGACGAGUACUGCGGCAAUCACGAGAAGGCUCAGAGGUUGCUACUGGAGCUCAACAAGAUCCGCAGCGUCCGCACGUGCUUGUUGAACUGCAUGUUGCUGGGAGGUAGAAAAAACACAGAGGUGCCACUGGAGGGUUACCUGGUGGCUCCCAUUCAGAGGAUCUGCAAGUACCCGCUGCUGCUACGAGAGCUGCUGAAGAGGACCCCUAAGAAGCACAACGACCACGCCCUGAUGCAGGAGUCCCUGCAGGUGAUGAAGGCCGUGUGCUCCAGCAUCAACGAAGCGAAAAGACAAAUGGAAAAGUUGGAGGUCUUGGAAGAAUGGCAGUCCCACAUCGAGGGCUGGGAGGGCUCCAAUAUCACAGACACGUGCACCGAGAUGCUCAUGCAGGGCGUCCUGCUGAAGAUUUCCGCCGGGAACGUGCAAGAGAGGAUUUUCUUCCUGUUUGACAAGCUCCUUGUCUACUGCAAGAAAAAAAACAGGCGUUUAAAAAACAGCAAGAUGGCCACCGAGGGUCCUCGUUACUUGUUCAGAGGCAGAAUCAACACGGAAGUGAUGGAGGUGGAAAACAUGGACGACGGCACGGCCGACUACCACAGCAGCGGUAACAUCGUCAACAACGGCUGGAAGAUCCACAACACGGCCAAGAACAAGUGGUUCGUCUGCAUGGCCAAGACGCCUGAGGACAAACAGGAGUGGCUGGAGGCCAUCAUGAAGGAGAGGGAGCGUAGGAAAAGUCUGACGCUGGGCAUGGAGCAGGACACUUGGCUGAUGGUGUCCGAGAAGGGGGAGAAGCUUUACCAGCUCAUGAGUAAGGGACAUCUCAUUAAGGACCGCAAACGCAAACUCACCACGUUCCCUAAGUGCUUCCUGGGAAGUGAAUUUGUAUCGUGGCUGAUGGAAAUCGGUGAGACGGGCAACCCGGAGGAAGGCGUUCAUCUGGGUCAAGCGCUUCUGGAGAAUGGCAUCAUCCACCACGUCACAGACAAACACCAGUUUAAAGCUGAGCCCGUCUUGUAUCGUUUUCGCUUCGAUGACGGAACCUACCACCCGAAAGGUGACAUGCACGACGUCAUCGCCAAGGGUGUUCGCCUCUUCUGUCGCCUUCACAGCCUCUUCACUCCUGUCAUCAGGGACAAGGAUUAUCAUCUGAGGACAUACAAAUCAGUGGUGAUGGCCAACAAGCUCAUAGACUGGCUUAUAGCGCAGGGGGACUGCAGAACGAGAGAGGAGGCGUUGAUAUUGGGGGUGGAGCUGUGUGACAACGGCUUCAUGCAUCAUGUGCUGGAAAAGAGCGAGUUCAAGGACGAGCCGCUGCUGUUCCGCUUCUUCGCCGACGAGGAGAUGGAGGGCUCCAACACCAAACACAAGCCCGUCAAGCACGACCUGAAAAUAGUGGAGAACGUCAUUUCCAAGUCUCUUUUGAUACGACCCAGUGAUGGAGGCUAUGGCUUCACCCUGGAGGAGAGGAACAAGGUGCCUAUCAUCAAAUCGGUGGAGAAGGGCUCCCCUGCUGAGAUGGCCGGCCUGGAGGCAGGCAAGAAACUGUUUGCCAUAAACGGAGACCCGGUGUUCCUCAGGCCUUUCUCUGAAGUGGAAGUCCUCCUUGGGCAGUGCUUCAACAGCAAAGGACCUGUCAGGGUCCUGGUCAGCACCAAGCCCAGAGAGACGGUGAAGAUUCCAGACUCGGCUGACGGUUUGGGAUUCCAGAUCCGUGGCUUCGGCCCCUCUGUGGUGCACGCUGUCGGAAGAGGCACAGUGGCGGCCAUCGCCGGUCUCCACCCAGGCCAGUGCAUCAUCAAGGUGAACGGCAUCAACGUGAGCAAGGAGAGCCACGCCAGCGUCAUUGCACACGUUACUGCGUGCAGGAAGUACAGGCGACCUACGCAGCAAGAUACAAUGAAGUGGGUAUACAACAACAGUGAAAGCGCCCAGGAGGACAGCCAGAGAAGCAACCAGAAGGCCACCCUGGAGGAGAACGGUGAUGGCUUUGAGUGCAAAGUUGAAGAGGUGAUGGACAAAAUCAACACCAUCGCCAUCAUUGACGGGAAGAAGGACCACGUCAGCCUGACGGUGGACAACGUCCAGCUGGAGUACGGAGUGGUGUACGAGUACGACAGCACGGCCGGCAUCAAGUGUCACGUGAUGGAGAAGAUGGUGGAGCCCAAGGGGUUCUUCAGCCUCACCGCCAAGAUCCUGGAGGCGCUGGCCCGUAAUGACGACACCUUGGUGCAGAUGUGCGGGAGCUUGACCUCCAGCUCUGACGUGAUCCCAGAGGAGCUGCGGGUGCGCUUCGAUGCCAUGAGUGGCGAGAAAGUGGAGCACAUAAACCGCCGCAUUACCAACUACAGGAAGUUCGCACGGGUCUUGAAGAACAGGGCCUGGCCCACGUUCAAGCAGGCCAAGGGGAAGGUGUCCCCCCUCCACAGCAGCGACUUCUGCCCCACCAACUGUCACGUCAACAUGAUGGAGGUGUCCUACCCCAAGACCACCACCUCGCUGGGCAGCGCCUUCGGCGUGCAGCUGGACAACAGGAAGAACAACCUGGAGAAAGGUGGACGCGUCGGCGCCGAGCAGGGUAAGCUGGGCCCCAUGGUUAACAUCCAGCACACCAUCACCUCCAUGGCGGCCCCUUCUGGACACAGUUUAGGCAGGACUGAGGGCCACGGCCUGCGUUUUUUACUCCGGGAAGAGGACCUGCUCACCUUGGAUGCUUACCAGAAGCUGCUCUACAAAUUGGCCACGGUCGUCAAGGAGAUGGAGACGCACGGCGGCCAUAUUCAUGACCUUUUAUCGUCCAUCACACACCCUCCAGCGUCCGAGCCCAAGAGCCCGGAGAGUUUCAUAUCUGCUGAGAGCGACGCCGACAAGGGCGAGCGCAAUGGGAAGAAAGUGUGCUUUAACGUGGCGGGGGACGAACAGGAGGACUCGGGACAUGACACCAUCAGCAACAGGGACUCGUACAGUGACUGUAACAGCAACAGAAACUCCAUUGCCUCCUUCACCAGCAUCUGCAGCAGCCAUUGCAGCUCCUACGUACACAGUGACGAGAUGGACUCGGGGGACGAGGUGGCCUCCAGUGUGUGGCUGUCCCACGAAAAACAGAAAAAGCUCCACAGCUUCCUGGAACAUCUUUUCAGCCAGGUGGACUCCAUCAUCAGCAUGCUGAGAGGACCAGUGGUCGCCCGGGCCUUCGAGCAAACCAAGUGCUUCACGCCGGGAAGAGGCUUACAAGAAUUUCAGCAAGAGAUGGAGCCAAAGAUGAACUACACCAAGAAGCUGCGUCUCCACGUCAAGCAGGAUCCUUGGAACCUCCCCGACAGCAUUCAGACCCUUACGCAAUUUAUCGCGAAAUAUGUCGAAGAAGUGAAGACCCGGCUGCUGUUGGUACUGCUGCAGUAUACAGACUCUGAGAUCCAGUUGCGCCGGGAUAUGGUGUUUUGUCAGUCUCUGGUCGCGGCUGUUUGUGCCUUCUCUGAGCACCUUCUGGCUGUUCUUAACCAGUUCCACUGUGUGGGCAAAGAGCCAGACCAGGACCCCCAGGACCUUCAGGAGGUCCAGGAAGCCAGCAGAAGGUGGCUAGAACAAAUUGCGAGUGUUGGGCUGCUCUUCCACUUCCAGUCGCUCCUCUCUCCCAACCUGACUGACGAGCAGGCCAUGCUGGAGGACACUCAGGUGGCCCUGACUGACCUGGAGAAGGUCACCUUCUACUUCCAGCAGUUUGAAGGGGAACCACUAGUGGCCAACAUGCCCAUCUCGUACCAGGUGGAGGGCCCUCGCCACAACCUGAAGGUUUGUCUCCAGCUGGAGAGCUUCUACUUCUCUCAGCUGCCUCUCAGGCUGAAGGGUGGCGGAGGAGUCAAAAUCUACCCGGUGCUCUUCACGCAAGCACUGGAGAGCAUGGAGGGUUACUACUACAGAGACAACGUCUCUGUGGAGGAGUACCAGGCGCAGAUCAACGCCGCCUCGCUGGAUAAAGUCAAACAGUACUGUAAGAGGCUAAGGGCUUUCUACAUGGAUCAGUCCAACAUGUCUCCAAGCUCUGCACCCAAGGCUGCCCUCAUAGAUAAGCUGAUGCGGCCCCUCAACGCUCUGGAUGAGCUCUACCGCCUGAUGGAGAGCUUCAUCAGCUGCCGCCGCACCGCCGCCUGCCAGUACACCGCCUGCGGGGCGUCCGGUUUGGGCCUCCUGCCGGUGGCCUCGGAGCUGUGCUCGCGCCUGGGGGCCACGCACAUCGUCAUGUGCAACAGCGGCGUUCACCGCUGCACCCUCAGCGUGACACUGGAGCAGGCCAUUCUCUUAGCUCGGAAGCACGGCCUUCCCCCUCGCUGCAUCAUGCAGGCCACCGAUGUCAUGAGGAAACAGGGUGCCAGGGUUCAGAAUUCCGCCAAGAAUCUGGGCGUGAGGGAUCGGACGCCAUCCUCUGUGCCAAGGUUGUACAAGCUGUGCCAGCCUCCGCCCCCUGAUGGUGACCCAUGAUGCAUUGCAGCCACAACCAAGUGUGUUGAAGAUUCUCCUUGUAGUAUUCAUGAGGGAGCUAUGAUUUUUUAUACAUAUAAAUAUGUCCAGAGUAGGUGCCUCAAGUGUAAAUAGAAUUGUAGGUUUUAAAAAAAUAUAUUUUACCACUGUACUGUGUUGUUGAAUUACACUUAACGAUGGAAGGACUCAUUUAGAUAUUGCAUAAUAUUGGCUGACUUUGGCAUUUUAUAGUAUUUUCUGUCAUAUCGUGAUACAAAAAUGCUACAUUCAUGAUUCCUCCAACAUCUUCACUUCAAGUGUAAAUAUUUCUCAGUUAUUUUUUAUUGUUUCUAGCAGUGUAACAGUAUUAUUUUUUUGUUUUCUAUACAUAGCGUUGCGCAAUUAUUUUUACAUUACUCAGGAGGUCUUCUUGUGUUCCAUAAAUAUUGGAUAUUACUGUAUAUGGUAGCUCAUAACUAUGCAAACUAAAAACAGCGUCAAAAAGCUCCAGUAUAACACACAUUAAAAAUGGUUGGUUUACUUGGAAAACAUAGAACGUGUGUACAUAUAUAUAUAUAUAUA